AUGUGCCACACGGCCAAGCCGGGCCACGUUUACAGCAAGUUCUCGUGGGGCAACAAGAAGAGCCUGUGGGAGCAGCCCGCGGCCGCGGGGCUGGACGUGAGGGAGCAGCUGCUGCAGUACUACAGGCGCGAGUAUGGCGCCGAGCGCAUGUGCCUGGCCGUGCUGGGGGGCAAGGGGCUGGACGACCUGGAGGGCUGGGUGAGGGACCUCUUCAGCCGCGUCAAGGGCGGCCACUGCGGCCCCGCGCCCACAUUUGAGGCGGAGGGCUUCCCCUUCGAGGGCCGCCAGCUGCACAUCGCCUCGGCCGUCAAGGAGCACCACGAGGUGACGGUGACUUUCCAGCUGCCGCCGCUGCGGCGCUACUACACCACAAAGCCCGACCACUACAUAUCUCAUCUGGUCGGCCACGAGGGGCCCGGCUCCCUCUUCUCAGCACUCAAGGCGCGUGGCUGGGUGACCGACCUGUGCGCGGGAGUGGAGGACGACGGGUAUGGCGCCAACAGCUGCUGCUACCUAUUCAGCGUGGCCAUGACGCUGACUGAGGCGGGCCUCCACGCCGGCCCCGGCCUGGGCCUGGCACCAGUGGCGCUGCUGUUCCAGUACAUGCGGCUGCUGCAGGACGCGGGUCCCCAGGAGUGGGUGUGGCGGGAGCUCAAGGCCAUCAGCGACAUGAAGUUCAGGUUCCUGGAAGACGAGGACGCCUGUGAUUAUGUGACGCGGCUGUCAGCCACGCUGGGCGUUGUAAAGCCGGAGCACGUUCUCGCAGCAGACUGGCUCCACGAGGCCUGGGAGCCCGAGCGCGUUACGCAGCUUCUCGCCACCUUCUCCCCGCUGGCCGGCAGCUACCGGGUCGACCUGCUGACGAACGACUUCAAGGGGCUGACGGAGCAGCUGCUGGACGGGAAGCUGCCGCGGCUGGAGGGCGGGCAGCAGCCGGACAGCCAGCAGGGGCAGGACCAGGCGGCGGCGGGCGCCAAGGGCGCCGCCGGCGCGCGUGUGUUCACCGAGCCGUGGUUCGGGAUGGAGGGCGCGGCCCUGCGGCUGCCCGAGCAGCUGACGGGAAGCUGGGCGGAAGCCAAGGUGGCGGCCGACCUGGCGCUGCCGCCGCCGAACCCCUACAUCCCGUCCGACUUUUCCCUGUGCGCCGACGCGGUCGGCGCCCCGGCGCCGCCGCAGAACGGCGUUCCGCCGCAGCAGCAAAAUGGUGGACUGUCGCCGUCGCCGCGCGGCGGCGCGUUGGUGGGCGAGGCGAGCCAGGGCGCCCUGGAGGGGUGGCAGGACGCGGCAAUGGGCCUGGCGGUGGUGCUGGCCUCGCCGCCGGCGCUGGUAUUGGACGAGCCGGGCCUGCGCCUCUGGCACAAGCUCGACACGCGCUUCCGCCAGCCGCGCGCCCACUGCUACUGCCGCCUGGCCAGCACAGCCGGCUACGCGUCGCCGCGCGCGGCCGCGCUGGGGUCCCUCUGGCUGAAGCUGGUGGAGGACGCCCUCAACGAGGACGCCUACCUCGCUGACGUGGCGGGCCUGCACUACAGCACCAGCCCAGAGGGCCACAGUGGCGUAGAGCUGCGGGUCGACGGCUUCAGCCACAAGCUGCCGGUCCUCGCUCGCCGCCUGCUGGAGUGCGCCGCGCGCUGCGAGGUGCGUCCCUCCAGCUUUGGCCGCGUGCAUGAGGCCCUGGCCCGCAAGCACCGCAACGCCAACAUGAGCGUAGGCAAGGCCGCCAACUACGCCCGGCUCUACGCGCUGCAGGCGAACGUGUGGCACGUGGACGCGGUGGGGGCGGCCCUGGCCGGCAUCCCCUCUGUCGACGAAGUCAAGGCGUACGUGCGGGAGUUCAUGGCAAACUGCCACCUGGAGGUUUUCCUGCUGGGCAACGUGACGGCGGCCGCCGCCGCCGCCCUCGCCCGCGACCUCCACGCCGCCGCCGGCCCCGGCGCGUCGCUGCCCGCCGCCGCGCGGCCGUCGGACCGCUGCGUGCGGCUGCCGGCGGGGCGGGCGGUGGUUCACAGCCAGGCGGCGAAGAACGCUGACGAGGAAAACUGCUGUGUGGAGGUUUACUUCCAGCUUGGCUACACGGUGCACAGCGGCUCGCGGCUGACGCACGGGGUGCUGGGGUUCUGCGUGGUGGUGGUGUCUGCUGCGUAUGGCGUGGAUCAUGUGGAGGGGCGGGUGGAGGCCUUCCUGGCCGAGUUCAGGGGGACGCUGCAGGCGCUGCCGCAGGCGGAGUUUGACCGCCACCGGGACGCGCUGAUCUCGAACAAGCUGACGCGCGACACGGCGCUGGGCCAGGAGGGCGACCGCGCUUGGGACGCGAUCUGGUCCGGCCGCCACGACUUCCUCGGGCGCGAGCAGGAGGCACAGGUGCUGCGGGGCGCGACGCUGGCGGAGGUGCAGGCGCUGUUUGAUAAAUACCUUUGGCCCCUCAGCCCGCAGCGCAGAAAGCUGUCAGUGCGCGUGGUGCCGCUCAAGGGCGCCGCCUCCGGCGCGGACGGCGCCGCCGCGGCGGGCGCGGCAGCGCGUCGGCACGGCGGCGCCGGGCAGCAGGAGCAACAGCAGGAUCAGGAGCAGCAGCAGCAGCAGCAGCAGCAUCAGCAGCGGCACGUCGGCCACGCGCACCCGCACCACGGCGCGCACCUGCCGCCGCCGCUGGGCGGCAGCCCCAAGGCCGGCAGCCCGCGCGCGCGGCGCGCCGGCGCCAGUGCCGGCGCCGGCGGCAAGGGCGCGGCGGCGGCGGGCAAGGCGCAGGCGGCGGCGGCGGAGGGGGAUGCGGGGGCGGGCGUGCCCAUCCUGCCGGUCCCUACUGAGUUGGCGCCAGACCUGGACGAGCUCAAACGGUCCCUGGGCACCUACCCCGCCCUGCUGUCCAUGGCGCCGCUCGCCGCGAGGCAGCAGCAGUGA